GUAAGAUGUCUCUCUCUAGAUAUAAUCUUAAUACAUGUACGCAAUCGAUCCUUAUAUUGUGAUUGUGUACGUGGAUAACAUACAGGUUGUGUUGUUGAAAGUUAUAUAAAUGGUAUGAUGAGAUGUCAAUACGAGAUAUACCUUUGGGAUUGCGGAAGGAAUUGCGGAAGAAGAUGAGAUCGAGUCUUGUGGAAUUGCGGAAGAAAUUGAGACAGGGUGACAUUUCAGUUACUGGAAGCAAAUGAUCGAGUCAAGUAGACCUGGUAGCUGGUAUCAAGAUCAGGGUCCAGACUCCGGUGACUUGUAGCUUCAUAGUUAUUCCCAGAUUCGCCCUGUCUCGGAACCAUGCCAAGCAGCCAAGGUACGUAGUCCCAGUGACAUGCAAUUUCUUCAACUGUUUCUGUGGAAAACUUAAACUUUCCAGGCGAGACGUAGACAGUGUGAUAUAUCAGCAAGUGGAAUCAAAUCAUCUACAAGACCUGGUCCAAGCCUUUCACACCGUCGAUAUACUCGGAUACCUUCCCUAAAUCUAACAUCCUUUUUUUUACAUGUCUUUAGAGUUUCAACGUCACGGGAUAUGCUAAAUUUUUUAACGAGUAAAAAUGUCCUGUUGGAGGUGAUAAAUCUUUUUUACAUUUUCUUCAUAAUUUUUAUUUACCAAUUUAUUAAUUUUAAUUAGAGAUUUUAUCUCAGCACAUCAGAAAUUUCCUUAGAUUGAUAUUUCUUGUGGAACUAAAGACUCACAUUGUGUGCAUAAAUACUGGUACAUAUUGUUGCCAGUAAGACAUAGGAGUUGACACAAAGCUACUUGAUCAUUUGCCAUGGCAGCCUCACAUAGCUUUAAACUCUUAUUUUUCUUGUUUCUGCUACACUCUCUUCAUAUUAUUACUGUCACUACUACUAUGUUGUGCCACGAUCACGAGAGAUCUGCUCUUUUACAUUUUAAACAGAGCCUUCCUGCUUCUUCUAGUUCAUCUGCUUACUCAAAGACUGCAUCUUGGAAGGCUAGUGGAAAUAGUAGCAGGGAUUGCUGCUCGUGGGACGGGGUCGAGUGUGAUGAUGCUACUGGUUACGUUAUUGGUCUUGACCUCAGUAGUAGUCUGAUGCAAGCUACUCUUCACUCCAAAAGCACCCUGUUUAGCCUUGUUCACCUUCAGAGCCUAAAUCUUGCUGAAAAUUACUUCAUGAACUCUUCAAUCCCACCCGAGAUCUCCCGUCUUUCAAGUUUGUCCUUUAUAAACCUCUCAAACUCUUUAUUUUCCGGCCAAAUCCCACACGAGUUGUCAGGAAUGUCCAAAUUGGCUUCACUUGAUCUGUCUUUCAACUAUUUGUAUGGAGACUUCCCAAUUGCCAUUUUCAAUCUAUCAGGCCUGCUUGUUCUUAAUGUAAGUCGCAAUCAAAAUCUCAGUGGUUACCUACCAGAGUUCAACACAACAAGCCCCUUCAGGGAACUGGAUAUUGCUCACACAAAAUUCUCUGGUACCAUACCGUCCUCAAUCGGAAAUCUGAAGUCAUUGAAUAAGCUACGACUUAGAAAUUGCUACUUUUCUGGAUCUAUUCCGACCUCAAUUGUUCGCGAGUAACUUAAGGGCACUUGUAUUGGGUGAAAAUAAUAUUCAUGGGAAUAUACCACACUGGAUCUGGCAUGCAAGUAAUAAAUUGGAGUUGAUCAACCUUCGUGACAACUUCCUAACAGCCUUUGAGAAUCCCCUUGCUAUUCAAAGUAAAAGUCUGAGAUACAUAGACAUCAGCAAUAAUAUGCUACAAGGGAAUCUCCCAAUUCCACCACCAAAUACAUAUUUGUACUCGGUGCAGAAGAACAGAAUACCAGGGGAGCUCUCACCCAUGAUGUGUGGUGUCUCUAAAAUUACUAGAUUUGUCAGAUAACAACCUGGGUGGGCCAAUUCCACACUGCCUCGCCGAUUCGUUGGAAACCCUUUUUCUCCAAAAGAACAACUUUUCUGGUACAAUUCCUCAAACAUACCCAAAAGAAUGCGACCUGAGGAUGAUGGACAUGAGUCAAAACCAGUUAACAGGGAAAGUUCCAAAAUCGUUGUCAAAUUGUAAAAUGCUACAGGUUUUGGAUCUGUCAAAUAAUCAGAUGAAACAAACUUUCCCCACUUGGUUGGGGACUCUUCCACGGUUACAGGUUCUUCUUCUGCAUUUCAACAUGUUUCAUGGUGAGAUUGGUAGCCCAAGGAGUCCUUCGGAGUUCCCAUUGCUGUCCAUUAUUAAUCUCUCACAUAACGCUUUUACCGGUGCUUUGCCUGUGAAUUAUAUCCAGUUUUGGAAUGCAAUGAAAGUUGUUCGUACAGGCAUUGAACCAUAUAUUGAGACAUAUGUCUACAUUUCGUUUUCUCAUAGCAAGUACCCUUACAGGGACCUUUACCAUUAUUACAACCCAAUGACUCUUACCAACAAAGGUGCAGAGAGGGAGUACAAAGAGGUUCUAAAUUGUUUCACUGCAAUUGACCUUUCAAGUAACAAGUUCACAGGACAGGUUCCCGAAUCUCUUGGAAGUCUUAAGGCUCUUCAGUUGCUCGACCUUUCAAACAAUGAUCUUACAGGUCCAAUUCCUCCCUCACUUGGGAAUCUAACACAGCUUGAAUCGUUGGACCUUUCACAGAACAAGCUCUGGGGGGUCAUCCCUGAACAGUUAGCAGCGCAACUCAACUUUCUCUCUUUCUUCAACGUGUCUCACAACCACCUAAGUGGUCCCAUACCACAAGGCCCGCAGUUCAGAACUUUUGACUACAAUUCUUACAUCGGGAACUCGGGACUAUGUGGAUUCCCAGUAUCUAAGAAUUGUGGAACACCGCAGUCACCACCUGAUGACAACGAGGAUGGUUCCGAGGAAGAGAAGUUUCCAAGUGGAUUUGAUUGGUUAUUCAUAUUAGUAGGACUUGGAAGUGGGCUUGUUGUUGGAUUUGUUAUGGGAGACAUUUCAAUGGAUAGACACCCCUGGUUGAUUCGUGGGAUUGUUCAGAAAUUCGGACUGACAGAAGAAACCGAGAAUGCGUAGGAGGCAGACCAUUCGGGCUUAAGAAACAGGAUUACUCUGACAGGUACUCAAAGAUGCAUUUUGUUUUCUCUUUUGCUGGCCCUUAUGUUUGGUUUUAUGUACUUAUGUUCUUUCUAAUAUUUUCUGGUUGCGGUUUGUUUGUUUUAAAACAAAGCUAGUAUAACCCGUAUGAAAAACUCCUUGGGCAUGAAUGCAUUAGAGAUUCAUUUGCCGCUGGGAUUCAGUUUUGCGUACCACUUCAAUAUUGAUAUGAUUAUAAUAUUUUAUGUUACGCCAAGUAUAUUCUUUAUUAGUGAAAUAUAUUAUUAAUUUGACUAAAUAUGUGCACAAACCGGAGAAAUCUUAUUGUGUUUUAAACAAGGAGCUGCUGCUAUACUAAUCAAGGUUCCAGAAUUAGUUACUAAAAGUAUGUUUUAAGUUUUAGCAGUUGUUGCUAAACUGCGUUUUGGAUUGUUUAAA